CCAGGCUUGGGUGAGGAUUUUUUCAUCACUUCUCCUCUAUCUCAGAGAAAUGGAAGAUACUUCCAUUCCCACCUGCAUCUUAGGCUUCGGGCCCUUUCCUCCAGUUAUAAACGUGCCGAGAGCAUUAGCGAACCUCAGCCAAAGCUGGAAACUACAGCCGGCCACGAGAGUGUGCACGUGAGGUGACUGCAAUUUUUUUUUUUUUCCUGCCAAACCAGAAUUAGCCGGUAUAGGAAUGAACGAGCAUGGAGAUUGGAAAUUGCACGGAUUGGAAGGAAGCUCAGAACAUCUUGGAAAAUGUAUACAAGUCAUGAAGACAUUGGGUAUGAUUUUGAAGAUGACCCCAAAGAUAAGAAGACACUUAAACCCCACCCAAACGUUGAUGGCGGAUGGGCUUGGAUGAUGGUCCUUUCCUCUUUCUUUGUGCACAUCCUCAUCAUGGGAUCCCAGAUGGCCCUGGGAGUCCUCAACGUGGAGUGGCUUGAAGAAUUCCAUCAGAGCCGUGGCCUCACGGCCUGGGUCAGCUCCCUCAGCAUGGGCGUCACCUUGAUUGUGGGACCUUUCAUUGGCUUGUUCAUUAACACCUGUGGGUGCCGCCAGACCGCGAUCAUCGGAGGGCUGCUGAACUCGCUGGGCUGGGUGUUGAGUGCCUACGCUGCAAACGUGCAUUAUCUCUUCAUUACCUUCGGAGUGGCAGCCGGCUUUGGCGGCGGGAUGGCCUACUUGCCGGCCGUGGUCAUGGUGGGCAGGUACUUCCAGAAGAGGCGCGCGCUCGCCCAGGGCCUCAGCACCACCGGGACCGGGUUUGGCACGUUCCUCAUGACGCUUUUGCUCAAGUACCUGUGCGCAGAGUACGGAUGGCGGAAUGCCAUGUUCAUCCAAGGCGCGGUGUCCCUGAACCUGUGUGUGUGCGGGGCGCUCAUGAGGCCCCUCUCUCCUGGGACGGACGGAGGCGGCCCAGAGGGGAAAGAGCCACACGUCCUCCCGGCUCACUCCACCGAAUCGGUUCGGUCCAGUGGACGGCUGGGCGGCGCGGAAGAGAAGGGGGGCGGCCCCGGCACCGAGGACGCCCUCGGGGACAUGCCAGCCCAGGCGUGCCACGAGAAGGCUGCGCACAGAAAGGACGUGUGCGCCUUUCGGGUUCUGAAGACCGUGAGCCAGCUGACCAUGAGGGUCAGGAAGGGCUUCCGGGAUUGCUACCUGGGCUAUUUUGGGACAGCCUCGCUCUUUACGAAUCGGAUGUUUGUUGCCUUUAUUUUCUGGGCUCUGUUCGCAUACAGCAGCUUUGUCAUCCCUUUCAUUCACCUCCCAGAAAUAGUCAAUUUGUAUAACUUAUCAGAGCAAAACGAUGUUUUCCCUCUGACUUCGAUCAUAGCAAUAGUGCAUAUCUUCGGAAAAGUGAUCCUCGGCGUUGUGGCCGACUUACCUUGCAUCAGCGUUUGGAAUGUCUUCCUGGUGACCAACUUCACCCUAGUCCUCAGCAUUUUUAUUCUGCCCUUGAUGCACACGUACGCUGGCCUCGCAGUCAUCUGUGCACUGAUAGGGUUUUCCAGCGGUUAUUUCUCCCUGAUGCCGGUGGUGACGGAAGACUUGGUGGGAAUUGAGCACUUAGCCAACGCGUACGGCAUCAUCAUCUGUGCUAACGGCAUCUCCGCGUUGCUGGGACCACCUUUUGCAGGGUGGAUCUACGACAUCACACAAAAAUAUGAUUUUUCCUUCUAUAUAUGUGGUUUACUCUACAUGAGAGGCAGCUCGGCCGGAGCAGCAAGAGGGGCGCCAUCAGGCUCCGUCCGGGGAUCCAUGUUCAGCAACUCAGCCUCAAGUCGCCAUAGCUUUGAACUGUGUCUGUGAGCAUCUGUGCUUGAUCUCGAUUUAUUUUGUGCAUCCAUGAGCAAGAUGUGACCUAAGGUCAUGGCUUCUUUGCUUUAUGCCAUUUCAGUUAAGGUUUCAUAGAACGCUCUGCUUUCAGAUAGUGGGGAAAACCUGUAAAUGGGUUUUAAGCCCAAGAGUAUGCUGGAUUUCAGAAAUUGUUACAGGGAGCUGUUGAUCUACCAGUGUAAAACAAAGGCAGGCUCUAACUUCAAAGGUAAUACAUUUAGUACAGUUAAAGAAACACAGUUUAUAUUUUUAUUAAAGAAUUCUGCAGCUGGGGCAUACAAUUUCUAAAUCUUUCUCUAAGAAAAGCAUUUGCCGUUACUCCUAAUUCCAUAUUAUCCAGUUAUAAACUGAACCUUGAGACAAAACCUUAACAAAUAAAUAAUAUUAAUGAUCUCCUUAGUGAAAGUCAUAUUCGUGCAUAUAACCACUGAAUCAAGGGCUACGAUUCAAGCACUUUUAUUCAUUUCAUUGGCCUCUUAGUUUAUGAGCACGGUCUGAGGCCUAUAGAAAAUUUUUUUUCUGAGUUUCUCCUGCCCAGUAAAUAAAAUAGAAAACUAAUGGCCGGUUAACAUGUAAGUUGGUAGUUAAAUCUUCUGUCAAGCAUGUUACUAAUCCCAAAUAUGAGACUAUCAGGUUGUGAGGAUAAUAAAACACCCUUGGUCCAAAUGUCUGUGCACUUGACAUUGCAGUAGUGGUAACAAAUAGCCCUUCUCCAGUGUCUUGCUGUUCUAGCGACAAUUCAUCUGCCUGAGCUCAGCACAGUUUUUAAAAUAGUUCUCUUGAUUGAUUUCAAACAGAAGAUAACCAUGAUCCAUGACAUCACAUAAUGCUCUUCCUUUAUCGGAGAUCUCUAUUUUUCUAAGCCAAACAUGUUUCAGACUGCAGAAUGUUCUUCCCAGAAUCAUCCUGAGAUUCCUGGCUGCCUUACUUGUUUACACAUAUUUUAGAACUAUUUAAAUUUCCACUUAACAAUUUGCUCAUCACACACACACAAAAAUGCUUUAAUAUCAUGGCCAGUGUCUUGGGUCAAAUGUAUCUAAAGUGAGUACAGACCAUUCUCAGUUGUCCUUGGUAAUUAGAGGCAGGAACGCUACUAGUAAUUGGAGUCACAGAAUGUUACCCCAGCCUAAUUUUAGCCAGCCUUUUCAGUCUUUUACUCCACCAAACCCUUUAGAACUGUUAACAAGUGAUUAUACGGACACGUUUCCUUUUUGUUUCAUCUCCACUAUUUCCUGCUCUAAUGUCUAGUGGGAGGGGUUGGGUAGUGAAAGCGACCACCAAAAUAACAAUAAUCAUAAAAGGCAGCUAAUGGAAAGGAGAAACAACAGCAUAGCUAACAUAUGCGAUAUUACCUCCAAUGAUUUAAGAAUUGCCUGUAAAGUAUUAUAGAUAAUAAAUUGCAUGUCAUACUCCAUUUGGUCCAACACAAUGACCUGUUAUCAUGACAUCUUUGGCUGCUGUGAAAGAACCCAGCUCUCUCUUUUUGAUAAAGGUAAUCUUAAGUGCUAAGGCAAUGUUUUUCUCUCCAUAUAUUUACCAUCAAAUUAGGAUGAUAGAUUGAAAAACAUGUUGUGUGUUUUAAAACUGACUACAUUUCUCCCUUACUUUCAUUUACUGACAAUACCAAAUUAACAAGAGGCGGUGUUAAAUAUUGGGAAUGGUGCUAUACAGCCGAUGCAUUUUGAUGCUUGUACUACUAGUUGUGCAUCACAAAUACAAACUUUUUAUCCAAUGACCCAGCUUUAGUUAAAGAUCCAAGUUAGACUUGCUUAUGUUCAGUCUGUCCAGUUGUUUGUUGAUUUACCAUAUUUUUAGAAGUGGUGAUCUCUACCAAAUCAAGUCCCCCUUUUACAAAGACAAAAGUAAAACCUACUUGCAAUAUUCAUGUUGCCAACAGAAAAAAAGAGAAUGCUUACAAAGAAUUACAGCAAAUACGUUAUUUCCUGUUUAAAUGUAUCCUGAUGAUAUUAUAUAGGGUUGAUUGUAUAUUUAUGUUAUGUGCUUUAUAGGUUUCCCCUCACAUAUCCAAAUACUUUUUAUUUACAUACAACUAAAUAAAUUUUGUCCUCUUUAAAGAUGGUCAGUGAGUUUUUGUACAAAAUCUUUCUUUUCUUAGCUUUAAGAGGAAAAUUCCUAAAAUAUAAGUGAUAAUUAUCUGUUUGGUUCUUUCCCCUGGAAGAGUUUUCUCUAGGUAUGGUUAUAAAACCACCUAGAGAGAAUCACUGAGCAUGAUUGUUAGAAGGGCCAAGUUCAGCUACAAAAUUUAAAAUGCACACA